AUGUCUCACCCGAAUCAGUGAAAACAGCGGGUGAGCGUGAAAACCAGGUGUGCAGCCUGAGAGCUACCAGUGACACCAGCUUCUGCAAUGGGCGUUGAGCCACCUGGAAGAGCUGACUGACUUGGACCCACAAGGGGCCAAAAUGAUGAGUUUGGCCCUGACAAAUCAUGCAUUUUUUUUUUUAAAUAACAAGGGUUUUGUGGGAUGAGGGGGAGAUUUGGCUUCUGGUGUUGGAACACGGGAGGUGGGGACAUGUGUUCAGCUUUGCUCCACAACCAGGAGAGCUAGAAACUUUUUCUUGGCAAGGAAAGUGUCUCUCGUGAUCACCUGACUCCAGCAGCUGGGGCUUGAGAGAACACCAAAUGCUGAUCAUAUAACCACACGGGGAGGAGAAAGCAAGUGAUAAAGCAUUUCUGGAGGUGCCUUACGAGAUGGAACUGCACAUCUGACCGUGCGCAGGAGAGCAGCUCGGCAGAAAUGGAAACCGUGGUGAUAGUUGCCAUCGGCGUGCUGGCUACUAUCUUCCUGGCGUCCUUCGUGGCGCUUGUGGUGGUUUGCAGGCAGCGCUACUGCCGGCCUAAGGAUCUCCUGAAUCAUUAUGAUACCAAACCGAUCGUCGACCUUAUUGGGGCGAUGGAGACGCAGUCGGAGCCCUCGGAGCUUGAGCUGGACGACGUCGUGAUAACAAACCCCCACAUCGAGGCCAUUCUGGAGAAUGAGGACUGGAUCGAAGACGCUUCGGGCCUGGUCUCUCACUGCAUCGCGAUUCUCAAGAUUUGUCACACUUUGACAGAGAAGCUCGUUGCAAUGACAAUGGGCUCUGGGGCCCGAAUGAAAUCUCCCGCGAGCCUGAGUGACAUUAUUGUGGUCGCGAAGCGGAUCAGCCCCAGGGUGGAUGAUGUUGUGAGGUCGAUGUACCCGCCUCUGGAUCCCAAGCUUCUGGAUGCACGGACAACAGCCCUGCUGCUGUCUGUCAGCCACCUCGUCCUGGUGACCAGGAACGCCUGCCACCUAACCAGUGGCAUGGACUGGAUCGACCAAUCGCUGUCUGCUGCGGAGGAGCACAUGACGGUGCUGCGCGAAGCUGCUCUGGCCACCGAGCCCGAGAGAAGCAUCGCGGGGGGCGCGGAAAGCUUCCUGCAGGAGCAGUCUGCCAUCUGACGGAGGCAGCACGGCCUGCCCUGCUGCGGGCUGACGCUCCACGUUCUCAGGGAGCCCAUGCCGCUGCUCGGUGCACUGAGGUGGUCAAAUAUUUGCAUGAGCCCUGCAGAGCUAUUAGUAUAUUGACACUGAACUGUUACCAGAGGGUAGCUAAGGCAAUGCGCUUCUGCCGGUCCCCUGCUGCUUUGUAGUUUGGUUGAAGUGCCCUGCGCAUGGAACAGUGGGGCUCUGAUUAAUAAAAUCC